UAUGAGAAGAUAGUUUUCAUUCUAUUGGCAGAUAAAUUUGUGUUCUGUCUGUGGUUGCAGAUAUAAAUAUUUGAACUUAUUCGAAAUGCAAAAAUAAAAAGUUCUUAAUAUUUCUUAAUCAAUUUUAGUUCGAACGUAGUACCUCAUUAUAUUAAAAAUGUCUGUUACUCUGCACACAAGCCUUGGAAAUAUUAAAAUUGAAUUGUUUUGUGAAUCCUGUCCGAAGGCAUGCGAGAAUUUUCUAGCUCUUUGCGCUAGUGAUUUCUAUAAUGGGUGUUUAUUUCAUAGAAACGUGAAAGGCUUCAUCGUACAAACUGGAGAUCCUACAGGAACUGGCAAGGGAGGAAAUUCUAUAUGGGGUCAGAAAUUUGAAGACGAAUUCAAAGAACAAUUGAAGCACAAUGCAAGAGGUAUUAUAUCAAUGGCAAAUAAUGGACCUAAUAAUAAUGGAAGUCAAUUCUUCAUUACCUAUGGGGCUCAUCCUCAUCUUGACCUUAAGUACACCAUUUUUGCAAAAGUAAUAGAUGGUUUUGAAACUCUUGAUGAACUGGAAAAAUUACCUGUAAAUCAGAAAAAUUACCGACCUUUAACAGAUACUAAAAUCAACAGUGUAACAAUACAUGCUAAUCCUCUGGCCGGAUAGUCUUUCUAAAUAUCUCCAAUUAAUUUAUACAAAUAAAUAGAGAAGAUUGACCUUUUUCAUUAAAAUGAUUGCUAUGAA